AAGACUUGGAGGUGCAGAGGAGGUGGGUAUAAAAGGAGAUCUCAGAUCGCGGUACUGGGACUUCUCUCCCUUCAGCAUUACACACACCCACAAUCAGUCACGUAUCCUACACCUAUUCUCAACCAUCUUCUCUCGUCACAAUCGCAUUUUCCUCACAAACACAUUCUCAAUCCAUCUCAUCAUCUCAUCCUAAUACGCUCCACCUUACCCGCGUUCAUACCAUCACGUCCUUCUCCCCAACUCCACCAUGUCCGCCCAAACCCCCGUCUGGUUCAUCGCCGCCGCCUCCUCGGGCUUCGGCAAAUACAUAGCUCUCGAAGCCCUCAAGCGCGGCCACAGAGUCAUCGCCUCCGCCCGCAGCACAUCGCGCAUUUCGGAUCUGGCGGACGCAGGCGCCGUCACGCUGGCUCUGGACGUCACCUGGCCACAGGAACAAAUCGAAAAAGUCGCAAAGGAAGCGAAUGACAAGUACGGAUACAUCAACCACCUGGUGAAUGCGGCGGGAUACAUUCUCGUCGGCGCCGUGGAGGAGACGAGCCCAAAAGAAGACUACGACCACUUCAAUACAAACGUCUUCGGCACCCUCAACACAUGCAAAGCCUUCCUCCCCUACCUCCGCUCCACACCGGGCCACCGCACCAUCUCCAACUUCGGCAGCAUCGGCUCCUGGGUCGGCGGCGCCGGCUACGCCCUCUACAGCGGCACCAAGUUCGCCAUCAGUGGCAUCUCUGAGGGCCUGCGCGCCGAGCUCGCGCCCCUGGGCAUCGCCGUCACGGUCGUCGAACCGGGCUACUUCCGCACGGGUUUCCUCAACGCGAGUGCUAGGGUGUCUGCGGCCAAGACGAUCCAGGCGUAUGAGGAUAGCGUCGUCGGGAGCGUGAGGAGGAGGAUCGAGGAGACGGAUAAUAGGCAGCGCGGGGAUGUGGAGAAGGGGUGCAAGGUCAUUGUGGAUAUUCUGACGCGCGAGGGGGUUGCUGAGGGGAAGGAGGUGCCUGAAAGGGUGGUGCUGGGGAGUGAUGCGCCGGGUGUGGUGAGGGGGAAGUUGGAGAGGACCGAGGCGUUGUUGAAGGAGUGGGAGGGGGUGACGACGAAUACGGAUCAUGAGUAGGGGGGAUUUUCGUGGAUGGAUGGAUGGAUGUGCGAGUCGGACUCCAGUCCCCUUCCGCUCGCAUUCCAAUUCUCCUUCCUCGCCGCACUCUAUACCAAAAUAAUGUUUCUUAGUUACGACUGCCACGUCCUUCCCCCACCAAUUCACAUAGAUAUCCGAAUACGUCAAGAAUCUACUCUAUUCAUAUUUCCCACCUCCAAUACUUCUCGCUCUCUCUCCUUUAUAGGAAAAGUAUGCGCCUUCAACUGCAUGUCUUUCUGCUCAUCCUCAACGACAUCGAAAUUCAACCCCAAGUAGGUCCAUGCGAACGAACUCAUAAACGAGG